AUGUCACUAAGUAAUGGUGCCAACCAUACUCAAUCAACUACUACAGACAAUAGCAACCAACUCACAGAAGAGAUAAGCCAACCUCAAGUUAUAAAAGAAGUCCCAACAAAUACAAACACAAACGAUCUAACAAAGACUAGUGCAUAUUCGAUAUUCUCAUGGUAUAAUAAUAACAACACGCCUCCACUAAUAGAUCCACAGAAUAAUGUUACAGAUAAUGACUUGCAUACAGCAGAACCUGCCAAUAAUGAGGCUCUACCGAGGAACAACACCACAACACAAACCACAUCAUGGUAUUCAUUUUAUAGAUCAUUUUUAUUUACAACUUCAGAAUCACAUGCAAUAGAACAUAUACCUUUACUCCAAGAAACCACACCAUUGAUUAAAGAAAAUUCUCAGGAAGAAGAAACUACUAAUACCUAUACAAGUUCCUAUUUUGGUUGGUUUAGUUGGAUUACAGGUAAUUCACAAGAAACACAAGAAGACGAUGCACCAGAUGAAUCAAGUGAAGCUUAUUUAGCAGCAAAAGUAGCAAUUGAAACAUCAAAAGAGGAGUGUCAUUAUAUUUUCAAAACUAAUGAUGAUUUCAAAUCUUACGAAUUAAGUGUUAGUGGUACAUCAACUGAAGAAAAUCCAGUUCAUAUUCGUUCAAAAAAGUAUAAACCAAGAUCAAUGAAUGAAGUACUUGAAAAAAGUUUGAAAAAACCUACAAGUCCUGAAGAAAUACACUAUAAGGUGACUCCGACAUUUGAUAGUAAUUAUAGAGUCAUCACAACUAAAACAAAGCUAAGAAUUAUUUCAAAUGAUUUGAUUUGUGGUUAUAAGACGGAGAAUCAUUUAUACAAAAAGACACCCGGUCAAAUACUAAACAAAUGUAAGAGACUAAAGAGAGUUGUCAUUAUUGGGGUUCAUAACUUUUUACCAACCAAAAUGGUGCGGGCACUAAUUGGUGAUUAUACAGGAACUUCAAUGGAAUAUGUUAAUAUGGCUUCAAAAGCUGUAAAAUCAUGGUUGAGUUCAAAUUAUUUAGAUUAUAAUGAAGAUGAUAUUGAGAUUCAAGGAAUAGCAAUAGAAGGGCAAGGUAGAAUAAGCAAAUCAGUUGAAGUAUCCAGUAAUUUGCUAAAUAAUUAUAAAGAUGAGAUAAGCAAUUGUGACUUUAUGUUUGUUGUUGGUCAUCUAACGUCAAAUGCUAUAGCAAUUAAUAUAUUGGCAAAUUUAUUACAUUCGAAUCAUCAUUUGAGGCAUAAAAAAAUUGCAGUGUUAAGUAUGGCAGGUAAUUUCUUGGGACCAUUUCCAUCACAUUCAUUAAAAGUUGUCUACAGAGCAUAUACUCAAUUGGAAAAUGAAAUAGUUAGAGAAAUGUUUGAGUUUGAGAAAAAAGAUAGUGGAUUAAGUAUUGAAUUAAACGAAUCCAUGAAAUUGUUAAUUUCCUACAAUAUCAAAUUUAUAUUUACAAGUUCUGUUGGAAAUCCAUUUAUACCUUUAUAUUCAUCCAUGGGAUUGAGCUAUGAUCAUCCAAAUAUUUAUAGAAACGUUUUUGAAGGUGAAUCAAUACCAUUCAUAUCAUCACUUUUGCAAUUGAUUUGCGUAAUGAAGAAUCUAGGACAACAAACCGACUACAAUAUAAUCAAAGACUUUAGUGACAAGCUAGAGACUAGUAAAACCACUAGACAAAUAUUUCAAGAAGAAAAAGUAUACAUAGAAGCUAUCAAAUUUGCAUUAGAAUCAACCAACUUAACUCAUCAAAAUAAGUUAAAGAUUAAAAACUCCAAAAAUUUUGUUAUCACAACCAGCAACAAUGUCACUGAUCAAUUACAAUUCCAAAAUAAUUUACCAUGGAGUUUAAGAUCUUUGGUUAAUGAUAUUUUGAAAUUUAAACAUAUAGAGAACAAGAAAAAAAUCAUUGAUUUGAUUACUGAGUUCAAGCAAUGGGAACCAACUUAUAAGCAAUAUAGAGAUAUAAAGUAUUGUUUAGAAGCUUUAAAUGAUUUUGAAUUGAAUGAAUUAAAUAUUUAA